GGGUGAUCGAUAAAUGCUGCGAGGAUUGCAUAUACGGUAUGCUGCGAUAAUCGAUGCCGAGCGUCGAAGUCUCUGUCGCCUCGCCGAAGCCGACGAACGCUCGCUCGGGCAAUGCUCAGCAUGCAGGAGACGAAAGGGGUGGCCGAGCAGCCGCAAGAAGAGGUUCAACUGACCGAACUGCUGCCGGUGAAGCAGUCCCGCAUCAGGGAGAACAAGGAUGUGGACGCGACCGACGCUCUGAGGGCGCUCCGAAGUUUGUCGAGCGACGACAAGAGCGAAGGCUUCGGCCUGUUCAACUUCUGCAAGAACGUCGAGUCGGAACGUCCGCAUCGACGAGCCCAGAAGAGAACGAACGAGUCGAAGGACGGGGAGGAGGAGAAGGACGCCAAGAGGAGGAAGAAGAAAGCUCCGAAGAGGAGAGGAUCGAGGAAGAGGAAGGACGAGAACAGAGGAGAAAGCGACUCGAGUGAGUGCCUGAAGGCUCCCUUCGACGACGACGACGAAUUCGGCGAAGAGAAGGGGCUCUACACGGGCAAGAAAGAUUGCUUCAAGGACGAAGUUUACGUGUACAGACAGGAACCGUUGAAUCCCGGGAAGGGACCAAUCAAUCGUAAGCAGGCCACCUUCAGCGACCACCAGCCCACUACGGACGGAGACUUGUUCGAUAAAGCUGUUCAUCGGAAGGACAACGCGAGGAAGAGGGCCGAUGACUUCGCCGAGAAGGAGCUCAGACAGAAGAUCGACGCGAUCAUCCAGGCGAAUUACCUGCUGGAGCGCGAGAACAACAACGUGGCGGCGGAAAGCAGCUCCCCGCUCACCGCGAUGAAGCUGAAGAUGGAUCAGAUCCAAGCGAAGGACUCCGACUCCUCCCGGCAGCCGAGUCCGCUGAAGAAGUACCGCUGCGUCGUGUGCGACGCGCGCUUCAAAGGCAGCGGCGGCCUCCGCAACCACUACAAGGUGCUGCACACCACCGGGCCGGCGUACAAGUGCGACGAGUGCGGCAAGGAGUUCCCGCUGAAGGAACGGCUGAAGCUGCACGUGCGCACGCACACCGGCUUCAAGCCGUACAAGUGUCCGGAGUGCGACAAGAGCUUCGCACGGGGCGGCCAACUGGUGCAACACCGGCGCACCCACAGCCAGGUGAAGCCGUUCCGCUGCGGCCUCUGCUCCAACAGCUUCACGUGCGCGGCCAACCUCUCGCUGCACGUGAAACGGCACAACGGCCAGAAGGAUCACAAGUGCGAGCUGUGCGGCCGCGCCUUCGUGCGCCGGGACGCCCUGAAGAAGCACCUCGAGUGCCUGCACCGCGACGUCAAGUCCUUCGUAUGCGCGAUCUGCAACAAGACCUUCAAGGGCCACCUGCCGCAGCACAUGAGGACGCACGCGCGCGACCGUCCCCACGGCUGCGCCACGUGCGGCCAGCGUUUCGCCCAGAAGUCCCAGCUCACCGUCCACCAGAGGACCCACUCCGGCCAGCGGCCGUUCCGCUGCCUCGUCUGUUGGCAGGCCUUCGCCCACUCCACCGCCCUGAAGCUCCACACGCGCCGGCACACCGGCGAACGUCCGUUCAAGUGCAACCUCUGCAACGUCGGCUUCACCCAGCUGCCGCACUGGAAGAAGCACAUGAAGUGCAUACACGGCCUGCACGACCCGUACGGCUGCAGGCGCUGCGACAGCUUCUUCAGGAUCAAGAGCGAGCUGGAGUAUCAUGAGAAAACCUGUCACCCGGAGACGGAGGAGCCCGAGACGGACGGCGACGGCGACGGCGCCUCGACCGAACUUCUCGAGAAACACUCGGUCGUCGCCAAGUACAAGCUGAUGACGGUGGAGAAGAUGAGGCUGCUGCUGGCGGUGCUGCUGCAGAGGAUCAGCAAGCAGGAGAAGCUGAACGAGCUCGGCUUCGGCAAGCGGCUGAUCGACGACGUUCUCGAGGACUCGUUGGUGUCCGCCGGCAAGGAGCCGGUCACGAGCAGCGACGGCCUGUCCGAGCUCGAGGUGCUCACUCGGAACUUGGAGAUUUUCCUCGAGUGGACGAUGCCCAAGGAGCACUGGGAGAACUUCCGUAGGAUGAAGAAAACGCCGGAGGAAAUCCUGGAAGCACUCACCGACUCACCGACCGAAUAAGCGCGUUUGUUCGCAGUAAGUCUCACGAAGGAAGCAAGCGCCUCAAGGUGAACGACAAAGGUGUAUCGAGUCGAUCAUUUACAACUCGACUUGCUCCCUUUUGCAGAUUCACUCCGAUUUUCAUCCUUUCCAUUGCUCUGCUCUUUUUAGAACUGAACUGGCUGCGCUACUUCGAGAAGCGUGCGUGCGUACGUACGUGCUUCUUCAACUGCGGCCAGCUCGGCUAAAAAGAUGUCGUUUCUCUCCUACUCGCACGGAGCGAACGAAUUUUGCUAAUUGUUCGUUAAUAUUGUGACAACAAAAAGAUUUGUUACGUGGACAUUUUUGGACUGGUUGUUGUACAACAAAACGCAAUCCAAUUAUUUUGCUCUAUCCAGGUGAUGUAAAAUACAUCCAGCAAUUAAUCUUUCCGCUGUGGAAAUGAAUUUCUUCUUGCCGUCACUAUAUUGACGAACCUUUGUUAUUCUAGCAAAAUUUCUUCCUGCGUGGCGUACAGACACGAUCUCUCUACACAUCCGCUAUUCUUGAUUACGAUAAUAAUUACAAAGAGGCUAACAACGAUUGUCACAUGAGAAGGAUGUCUUCGUUUGAGGGCGGAUCGCUUCUAAUCACAUGGGAGAGGAGCGAUCGAGCGAUAGAUAAAUCUCACUGUUAGCGUCUCACCAUUAGCGCGCGUCCGUAGUCUCUCAUGUAGGAUACUUCGGUUUUCCUUUUCUUUCUUCUCUUUCACCACCUUUUUCAACCUGGAGAAUGCGUAACCCGUGCGUUUUCCGUGUGAUAUUUAAUCUAUGUUAAUUAACGAACGUUAAGUAAUGUCCCGAGGUGCCAUGUGUCAUAAUACUUGCCAUACUAAACCAGUGAGUGUGCCGUGUAUCGUUCAGAGGCUAAUCGCGAGUUCUCGGUUUACUUAUAAGCGAGCGAA